CCUUCCUUCUCUACUUCUCUCCUCUCUCCCACCGCAUCCGAUCUCGUACCUCACUUCAUCGCCCCGCCGCCGCUUCGACGGCGCGCCGACCGGCUAGGACGCGCCUCCGACCCGGAUAGUGUUCCGCUCGGUCGAAUCCGACGGCCGCUCGCUGCUGCAGCGGGCGCUUGCUGUGCGUCGCGUGGGCUCGGCUGGAGGCAGGCGGAACCUUUCCUGGGUCUCGGAGAUGGCGGCGCCUCCGGCGAGGGCCCGGGCCGACUACGACUUCCUCAUCAAGCUGCUCCUCAUCGGAGAUAGCGGUGUUGGGAAAAGUUGUCUCCUUUUACGGUUCUCAGAUGGCUCCUUCACUACUAGCUUCAUCACCACCAUUGGGAUUGACUUCAAAAUAAGAACAGUUGAGCUUGAUGGUAAGCGCAUAAAGUUACAGAUAUGGGAUACUGCUGGUCAAGAACGUUUUCGAACUAUUACAACCGCCUACUACAGGGGUGCAAUGGGAAUUUUGCUUGUCUAUGAUGUUACUGAUGAGUCAUCUUUCAAUAAUAUAAGAAACUGGAUAAGGAACAUUGAGCAACAUGCUUCCGACAAUGUGAAUAAAAUUUUGGUAGGCAACAAAGCUGACAUGGAUGAAAGCAAACGCGCUGUACCGACUUCAAAAGGGCAGGCUCUUGCUGACGAGUAUGGCAUCAAGUUUUUUGAAACGAGUGCGAAGACCAACCUGAAUGUGGAGCAGGUUUUUUUCUCCAUAGCAAGAGAUAUCAAGCAAAGGCUUUCUGAAUCUGAUUCAAAGCCAGAGGAUCGCACGAUCAGUAUUAACAGACCUGAUGGCGGUGAGGCUUCGGCUUCACAAAAAUCAGCUUGCUGCGGAUCGUGAGGGGGUUACAUUGUCACAAGGAAGAUAAAUAGUGUGAUACCAUGCUUGUAAUUUACCCUUCUACCUUUUUAUCUGGCUUAAUCGUCCACUUCUAACUUUUAAUUGCAAUUCCUUGAAUUCAGACUUCUGUGUUGUAAUGUGAACAAUUUUAGUUGUACCCCCCUGUUAGCAAUGCAAGUGCUCGUAAGUCAAUGCACCUUGUGUUAAUGGAAAUGCUAGCAAAAUCGCUGCAGAGUUUAGGGGCGGCCGUACCACAACCUGUUGUUUUACCUCUCUUCCCUAUAUCUGGAUUUCGUACUGAAGAAUAUAUUUGGUAGUUUAGGAUUCAUAUGUAUUCGUUCGAGAAAAGGAUUCAUAUGUAUUAUAUUCAAUCAACUACGCUUUCAUGGCAUCUGGGGAUCC